AUGGCUCUUCUAUUUGUCUCCGCCCUCUGCUUCUGCCACGAAAACGGCUUCGGUCACCGCAACGUCAAGCCUCAGAAUCUCCUCCUCGAAGGCACCGGAAACCUGAAGGUCUCCGAUUUCGAACCCUCUGACCUGCCGAAGCAGCUCAAGGACGGCCUCCUCCACACGGCUUGCAGGACGCCGGAGGUUUUGUACAGGGUCGGGUGCGACAGAUCCAAGGCCGACGCGUGGUCCUGCGGCGUCAUCCUCUCCGUUUUCCUUGCGCACGACGCCGACUCUCUCUCUCCCCCGUCACCGCCUGGCUCUGCCACCAUCGCCGUCUUCAUGCUCUCCGCAGCUAGGCUCGUCGCAGAGGAGAAAGGAGAAAGAUGA